AACGACGGGCGCAAUCUCUCAGCUCCGGCCCAGUUUCGCUCUAAGGAGGUCUCCAAGAGCAAUGUGGUGGACGACAUGGUGCAUUCGAACCCAGUGCUCUUUGGGCCAGGGGAGCGGCCGGACCACUGCGUGGUGAUCAAGUACGUGCCAUACGUUGGCGACAGCAAGCGGGCACUUGAUGAGUACACGUCCGAGAUCGCCCUGGGUGGCACCAACACCAUUGUCAUCCACAACGUGUGCGAGGAUUCCUUGCUGGCUGCUCCCAUCAUCCUGGAUCUGGUGGUUCUGGCCGAACUCUGCCAACGGAUCCGGGUGGGCAUUGAAGGCGAGGGGGAUCCGCAGCCCCUCCACAGCGUUUUGUCUCUCCUCAGCUUCCUCUGCAAAGCCCCCCUCGUCCCCAAAGGGGCUCCUGUGGUCAACGCCCUCUUCCGCCAACGGGCCGCCAUUGAGAAUUUGCUCAGGUGAUGAUUCGGAAGCAGCAACCAAUUUGAACUUGGAGCCUAGAGCUUUCCAAUGCUUCCUUUGGGGGGACUGUAGCUCCCAGUAUCUUGCAGCCAGCACGGCUGUGGCAGCUGGAGGGUCCUGGGAUUUGUAGUCCCCCCCAAAAAAGGGGAGUAUUGUAAAUCUCUGGGCCUUGAGUCCAGUUGCUGCCAGAUUGGUGCUGGGGUUUUGGGGAUUUGUAUUCCUUCCAAAAGGGGGAAUGUUGCAAAUCUGGGCCCUGAAUUCAAAUCACUUGCUUCCAGAUCACUGCUGCAGACCAAAAAUGGGACCUUUCCUGGGUUCUGUGAAAUUUUUCGUAACUUAACUGAAUUUUAUUUGUAUUGCAAUGGAAACCAAUAUAUUUUCGAUUGUUGGAAAGAGAAGGAAAAAGCAGUCAUUAGUAUAUGAAUUGAGUCAGUGAGUCAGACCUGAGACUUCUCAUAGAAUCAUAAAGGGACCCUCAAGGGCCAUCCAAUCCAACCCAACCCCAUUCUGCCAGGCAGGAAGGCACAAUCUUGCCUACGUCUCCUCUCUUUUCCGCAUCUCCACUUUUAACAGAUCAGUCAUGUUUUUGAAAAGUUUUUCAAAUGGAGAACUACUGGAAUUAUAGAUCCCUGAGUUGUAAAUGUGUAUAAACUUCAAUUUACUAGGACCCACAUCCUGCAUUAGGAAUCCUUUGCUCCCUCCAACAUAGAAUCAUAGAUCGACCGAAAUGGUCGGAGGAAUGUAUACCAGAAAGAUUUAAGAACUGCUCUGUUGGGUCACUUGGAAAAAUCAUCUUAUUAGAAAUAGAGGCAGCAAUUUUAUACUGGGAGUAAGUGGGAUUUAUUUCUGAGAGAGGAAGAAAUGUGUUGGGUGAUGAGUGCAAACUGUUCCAGAAUUAUCCAUGUUUUCCCUCCACUG